AUGGCCAGUACCUUUGCCAAGCUUGCGCCCGAAGUGCGCCUGAUGAUCUACCGCGAGGUUGUCAAACAAACCAGCCCCAUCCGCGUCUCCAAGGACAGCCCAGGACUUGACAUACUCAGAACAUGCCGUCUGUUCCGGAACGAGGGCACCGAGGCCUAUUACCAAGAAAACACGUUUCUGGUGACGGAUGCCACCUCGGCUCUGAUGUGGUUACCCCGAGUGGAGAAGUACGCCAGACAUAUCCGGAAUCUCCAACUCGAAGUCGAUGUGUCGCCGAUCGACCCGAUGCAGUGGGGCCUAUUGGGUCAAGACAAUGGCCUGGGAUUCAGAUACGACCCGGAAUGGAAGCAAGUUGUCGAUAUCCUCGCCAGGGCCUUUCCACGACUGGAGACGCUCGGCCUCAUCGUCGUCGCACGACGAUUGCGAGAGUUGCAUCCGGGUGCUGAGCCAAGGAGCCACCGGUACAACGACCUUGCAACAGAGCUCAGGAAUUUCCACCAAGGUCAAGAGGACACCUGUCUCGACGUGCUCAAGAAAGCGUGUCCUAGGUUCCUGUCGCUCCGACUAGCCUCCGGGUUCGAUAUGGAUUGGGCGGUUCACUGGAGCCAUAGUUUUCAACUGGUCAGGCGCGACACACUCAUGACCGACGAGCAGCUUGGACAUCUCACGUGGUAUGACCUGUGUGAUGUGGACUUGUCUGAAGAAACAGACGAGGAUUCGGAAUACGAUUAUGAUGCAGAGGAUCAAGAGAACGACAACGAGGCCGCGUUUGACGAAGAGAUCGGAGGCCCCGAGCCCCACGAGGAAGACAACUAUGACGACGAUCACGUCUAG